GUAAUUCUAGUUUUGGUCCACACUUUAUUUUAUUUAUUCCUUUUUUUGGCACAGCGUCGUCUCUCUCAAAAAUCCUGUUUGCUCCGCACAGCUCCAAACCCCCAAAACAAGUCACAGUCGCAAAACCUCUUUCUCUCGCAUAUUACUACCCCGCCAAAUCUCUCUCUCUUUCUCUCACGCAAAAGCUUUCGUUCGAUAGACCCCCUCGAUUACCUCAUUUUUACGAUCCUUACCCCUACCUGUUCCCUCUGCAACUAUGUUUCUUCCCGAAAUUGCCUUCCAUGACCUCCGUGCAUUGCUCCGCGCUCCGUAGCGAAGUUGAAUCAAUCUCUAUGUAUGAAGCUUUAGGAGGCAUUUGUUGCUCAAUUCUUUUAGAACACUCGGUUCUUUCACUGGAGUAUUUAUAGACAAACAAGUAAUUUGAUUUCUGCACUGGGAAAUUAGAGCUAUUGGUGGCAUAAAACAACAUCCUAUUGAUUUGAAGGGAUCAAAUGGAGUUAAAAGUUUCAUCUCCAAAACCGGGGGGCCUUUCUCCUUCUGAUUGUAUUAGUGAUCCUGAGGAAAAGGAAGUCAGUGAUGAUGAUGAUGAUGAUCGAAACCACAAACAUCGUAGACGAGAGACUCGUUCUCAGUCUUUGGAGAGAGAUACUCUUGACCAAGUUAUAGCAAGGCCAUAUAGAAAGCGAAAUAAACCUUUUGCAAAUGGGAACUCUUUCAGGGAUAAUGACUCUCAAGCAAGUACAACAUGGAGAAAUUACAAUUCCACUUCUCAAGACUUUACUGUAAAAUUUGAUAAAAGACGCCCGGGAUUAGCAUCACUGCCUCGAGCACCUUUCGAUUUAAAUCAAAGAAUCCGUGCAAACCAAGGAUUUCUUGGAGACCCUGGUCUUGGUAGGGGAAGAGGAAGAGACUCUGGAUCAAAUCUUUUUGCUGGACGCGGAUUACCAAGUGUUUCCAGUGCACAGAAUGCAUCCUGGAAUGCAUUUGGAUUGAUUCCAGGAAUACCUAAUGGUGCCAUGGAUACACUACAUUCCAUUGGCUUGCAAGGAACACUCAGACCACCAAUCCAUUCUUCGAUGAAUAUGGUGAUUCCUCGUCAAAGAUGUAGAGACUUUGAGGAGCGUGGAUUUUGUCUAAGAGGGGAUAUGUGCCCGAUGGAGCAUGGUGUGAAUCGGAUUGUUGUUGAAGAUGUCCAGAGUCUUUCUCAGUUCAAUCUCCCUGUAUCAAGUGCACACCUACUGGGAAAACCCACUGGCCCGGGGUCUCUACCAUCAGUCAGUGCAUCUUCAGCUGCAUUGAUGAAUAGCAAAGGCUUACAUGGAAAAACAAGCAAGUCUGCUGUCAAUGAUGAUGGUUUGGGCUUGAACGGUCCAUAUUCUGGUCCUGGUUAUCUGGGUGGAGCUGAUUUGUAUGACCCUGAUCAACCCCUGUGGAAUAAUAAUGGUCCCGAAACCUCAAAUGCACUUCUAGGCCUGCAAUCACCUAGGAAUGAUGAAACUGAAUCCUUGUCAAAUGAUGAUCCAUCUGAUCGUAAUCAUGCCAGGUUAGAUAGUGCUGAUAAUGAAUGCCCAAUUAGAAGCGUUGGGACAGUUGCCAAUUCACAGAGUACAAGUGUGUCCGUGUGGGGUAGGAUUGGCAGUUCAAAAAGUAAAUUAGAUGUGAAGGAGAAAAUUGAUCCUACAAAUAAUUCUUCAGAUUGUAUUGAGAGUGAAACUAAGGAAGGUAAGGAGGCAUUAGUCAGCAUUCAAAAUCCACCACGUCAAGGGAAGCGUAUCAUGGCAGAAGAUGGCCCAAAAGCCAUGGAUUCAUCACCCAAGACACAUUUUGAUCCUACACGUAACAUUCGGAAACCAUCUCAAAAAGCAUUGCGUACUCUAUUUGUCAAUGGCAUUCCCCAGAAGAGCAACAAAAGGGAGGCUCUUCUUUCUCAUUUCCAAAAGUUUGGAGAGGUCAUUGACAUUUAUAUUCCAUUGAAUAGUGAACGAGCUUUUGUCCAGUUUUCAAGGAGGGAAGAGGCUGAAGCUGCUUUAAAGGCGCCUGAUGCUGUAAUGGGUAACCGCUUUAUCAAGUUGUGGUGGGCUAAUCGUGAUAGCAUUCCUGAUGAUGGCACAGGCACUGCAAGUAAUUUUCCUGGUUCAAUUCCUCCGCAUCCAAUAGUUACUAGUAUAAGCAAAGAUAAUCUUCAAUCUGCUGCUCCAAAGAGUAGUAUUGUCCAUACAUCUGAUACUUUUCUACCUUCCGCUGAUAACUCCAAGCCUGUCAUCUCAAAUGGUCCCAAGGCCCCACCUCUGCAGAAAAAGCUAGAGAAUUUAGAGCAGUUAAAGGAGGAACUUCGCAAGAAACAGGAAAUGCUGGACCAGAAACGAAAUGACUUUCGUCGCAAAUUGGACAAACUUGAGAAACAAGCUACUGGACCCAAGGGUGAGGCAGACAUAGAGCAAGCUGCUAAGAGACCCAAAGUGGGAAUAACAGCUGAUGUUGGUAAAGUUGCUAAUCUAAAGUCCUCAAAUCCGACUCCUAUGGAAGAACUGCAUGCUGAGAUGACUGAUAAAAACAAAUGUGUAGAGAAUGUUGUCUCCUGUAGUCCAAAAACCAGUACAACUAUGGUGCUGCAGCAAUCCACUAGCUUGAAGCAGCUGAGUAUUCGUCCAUUGGGAUCAAUAGGGACUCCUUCUCCAGUGAACAGAUACAAAUUAGACAAUCGUCCCACUGCAUUUAGAAUUCUUCCUCCUUUACCCGCUGGAUUCGCAAAUGUUGCUAUUAUGAAGGAACACUUUUCACCCUAUGGAGAUCUUUCUAAUGCGGAGUUGGAAGAUCUGGAAUCCCGUGAUUGUGGUAGUGAGUCGGAGGCAUCGAAAGAUUGCUCAGCUUGUAUAACUUUCACGACACGCCGUUCAGCGGAGAGGGCAUUUCUCAAUGGUAAAUGCUGGGAAGGACACGAUUUAAAAUUUAUGUGGCUGACAUCUAGCAUUUCCAGCAAUGACCGUAGUGGCAGAGAAAAUUCUCCAUCCACCACCACCACCCCCAAGGGGCCAAUAAUAGCUGAUGUUGAGCCUGCAGAUGAAGUAGCGGACAGUGGUUCCCAGGAAGCUGCUGCUGCAUCAGGAAAUGGAGAACCUGAACAUUCCGAAGGACAAGGUGGUGUUGAGCACGUGGAACCGGGAGAGUAUUCCCAGUCUAGUUCGAGGUCAACAUCUGGUGAGAAAGAGUCAUCUAAAGGCGAAGCAAUGUAAUUUACACAUGGGCUAAUUUUCAGAUUUGUACAGUCAGGUAAAUGUUAAAUCUGAGAAACUCUAAUUUUCCAGGAAACCUGCUUUAGCAAUUGCUUAAAUUUUUAUUUUCCAGUGUUUCUUAUUUGUAUGCAUGGGAUUUGUAAAAAGGGAAUUUCCUAUUUUUGACUUCUACCUGAGGAUAGUUGAGUGGUG